AUGUUCCGGGGCAAGUUGUUCAAAGCUGUAUCAGCAGGAGACGAGAAUGAGGUGAAAAGGCUGAUAGAGGAGAGAGUUGAUGUGAACGAGAGAGGGUACCGAGGAGGCCCAUUGCAUGAAGCUUCUAGGAGGGGACGGACGGAGAUCGUUGGCCUUCUUUGUGCCUCGUCGGCCGACGUCAACGCAAGGGACAUCACUAAGGAGACCCCGCUACACUGUGCGGUCUCGUGCGGUCACCUGGAGGCAGCAAAGGUCCUGCUCUGCCAUGGAGCAGAGGUCAACAGCCAGGAGUUUGCGGGGAGCACGCCACUGCAUUCAGCCACUACGUCGCUGUUCAUUCCGAGCAUACAGGUACGGCAACAACUCAUUGAAUUGCUCAUGGCGGCGGGAGGGGACCCUUCGAUUCGUGACAAGGUGAGGGACAAGCGCUGGGUCUUGUGUGCAGUGAAGUUGCGAGGAGGUCGGAAUCGGCCCGAUGGAGAAUUUCUACGUGCAGAGAGUGAGGAAGAUCGGGACGCGGAUGCGAAGCGAGAUUCAGAGAUGCGCAAGUACCUUGAGCUGGCAGCUUCUCCAAAGAGACAUGAAACCGACUCCAAGAACAGCCUUGUCAAAGUCGAUGGCACCAAGAGUUGUUUGUAUGGCACCCACAGGUCCGGCGAAGUUCCAUCCAACAGCAAGACAGACGUCGGCUACGAUACAACUCAUCACAAGAUAUCCAUGUGGAUCGAGGGGGCCAACAAACUGUUUGCAAGAUCCACCAACGACAGAUCGAAGGAAAUGUCUGUCAGAGACGGGAAUGAUCAGGAGUGCGGCGGAAAAUCGUCGGAGUCGGAGAGAGAGUGCUCUGCAGAGAGGGCACAUGGUGACGACAUCAGCCGACUCCCAGUUCUGGGGCACGGGACAUUCAGCUCUGAAGCAGAGGACGCAAAUCACGGACAUCUCUUCCCUUCCCCUAGCAAGGACGACGACGUGCUGGAACAAGACCCUAUCACUGUUUGGAGAGAAGUUGUCAUCCCGGAGUGGGAGGCUCGAUGCAACGGUGAAGGCGUGCGCAAGAUCUGGCGGCAGGGAAUUUCUCCUUACGUGCGGGGGCAAGUCUGGAAGAACGCGAUUGGCAACGACCUGAAGCUCUCAGAGAAGGAUUACCAGGAGAUGCUGAGGAUGGUGGAUGACUUCGUGAGGAAGGACCAGGAGCUACUCCCCCACGAGAGGGAGGCGACCCAGAUGAAGGGGUUCGAGUUCGUGGAGCACGCCAUGUUCGACGACAGCUCGUCCGUACGGCGCUCUGAAGAGAAGCAAGGGAAAGAAGUGUUCCUCGAGCCUCCCUGGAUCGAUCACCAAACCAUCCGGCAGAUCGAGCUCGAUCUCGACAGAACUUACACGGAGUUGGGGCUGUUUGCCACCGACGGGGUCUAUCACAGCCACCUGAGGAACGUCCUGCGCGCUUACUCGUGCUUCCGACCGUCGAUCGGUUAUGUCCAGGGGAUGGGAUACAUCGCCAGCAUCUUCUUGGUGUACAUGAAGCCUUCGGACGUGUUCGUCUGCAUGGCAAACCUCCUGCACCGGCAUCACUUCCCUGCCUUUCUCAAGGUGGACAUCCACGGGAUCGACAGGUUUGUGGCAGCCUUUGAGGAGAGCUUUCACCAUCAUCUUCCCAACCUCUACCGGCACCUCAAGGCCAUCGGAGUCGACUCGAGGCUGUUCCUCGUCGAGUGGUGGAUGACGGGGUUCUGCACGGUCUUGCCGAUCGAUGCUGCUAGCGUUGUGUGGGACCUUCUCCUCUUGGAGGGGAUCGCAUCUUUUGUGAGGAUCACGAUCGGCGUCCUUCAUGAGCUGGAGGAUGAUCUUGUUCAAGCUCCGCUUGAGGUUUGCUUGACAUGCUUAACGCACAUGGAAGACUUCUUCGAGACCGGAGGGUCGCAGGAGCAGGACACGGCUCAGCUUCGGAGGAAGAAGUCGUUCAAGUCUGUGCUGGACUACGCGAACUCGCUGGACAUCUCCUCGGAUCACUUCAUGAGGGCGGUGGAGAAGGACCGGAGGGCUUCGCUCUCCUCCUCGAGCAAGGACGUCCGGCAGCUGCUCCGUCAGAUCGCAAUUCUUGCCAAGGAGGACGAGAAGGCUGCAAGGGAGCGCAGGAACCACCUGCACGACGCCAUCCUCGAGCGCUGGACCAACGUGUGGCGAGCGGCGAAGAGCUGGUCGGACGAGAUAGCAGGAGACGAGCAAGGGCGAGCAGGAGAAACAACCGUGAAGGGGGAGCAGGAGGGGGAGCAGGAGGAGCGGCAGCAGAAGGAUGGGUCAUGCCCUGGAAGAGGGACAGGGGAAGGGGGGGGGGAGGUGGAGGAGGAGACAGUGGAACAAGAAGAGGGUCUGAUGGGGAGGCCCCAAGUUGUUUCUGCUCCUCUCAAUGCAGUCGUUGAGGCAGCUGAAAAGCUCUCGCGGGAGUUUCAGAACGCUGCCGAGGUCUUCCGCGGACGUCACAUCCUCCCCUUGGCGUCUGGUGCCACAGGGAUGAAAAUCCCAUGGCAGCUGGGCAGAGCUGAGAGAGCAGAGGAGGGAAGCAACGAAGAGGGCGAUGGUGGAUCUCGGGUCAUUCCUCCAACUCCUUCACCUCCUCCUCCUCCUUCAUCCAUUGCCGCCGCCACUCUCCUUGCUUCGUCACCCUCGACCGGAGCACGAAAGCUCGAGCCCUCGGACGUGGAGGGAGCCUUGCUGCAGGCCAAGGAGAGUUCAGCAGUCGAGCGGGAGGUGAAGCCGCUAGUUCCUGCUCCUGCCUUCCACCCUCGAGCGUUGAAGAUGGCGGAAGGUGGAGCUGGGCAUGUACAGUAAGCACAAGAAACAUACAGACACAACAACAUGAUCGGCAGUAGAUCUCGAACGAACAAGUUCGACCUCAGAUAAGAAAGAAAGCUAUAGAACCAGUAAGCUGCGCUGGACAAACAAGCAGCAAACAACGCUCGGAUGCAGAAAUUAUUCAAACUUUCGUGAACUACAACACCACAGACUAGAUAUCAACAAGCGU